ACCUCAACACCGACAAUCCCCACCCUCAAGGCGCCCCCGGAAAGCAGUCACGAUGCGUAUCGAGACCUGCUACUUCUGCUCCCAGCCCUGCUAUCCCAGCAAGGGCAUCACCUUCGUCAGAAACGACGCCCGCGUCUUCCGUUUCUGCCGCUCAAAAUGCCACAAGAACUUCAAGAUGAAGCGUAACCCGCGCAAGCUCGCGUGGACCAAGUCCUUCCGCAAGGCGCACGGCAAGGAGAUGGUCGUCGACAGCACGCUGUCCUUCGCCGCGCGGCGCAACGUCCCGGUGCGCUACAACCGCGACCUCGUGGCCACGACGCUCAAGGCCAUGUCGCGUGUGUCCGAGAUCCGUUCGCGUCGCGAGCGCGCCUUCUACAAGGACCGCAUGCGGGGCAACCGUGCCCGCCAGCUCGAGGCCGACCGCAAGCUCGUCGCCGAGAACCAGCACCUGCUGCCUCCCGAGGAGCGCGACGUCGUGCCCGAGGCCGUUCGCGAGAAGCUCGAGAGGAUGGACGUCGAGCAGGAGGACGAGGAGACCCAGGGCAUGCGUGUCAAGGUCCCCAAGGCCAAGAGGAAGCAGAGACUGGUUGUCGGCAAGGGUGUCGAGGACAUGGAUGUCGACGAGUAAAAUAUUUCAUGGCUGGGAGGCACCGUUGCUUUGGGUGGCAGCUCCGACGGGGCAAGAUGAUGGCGAGGGCAUUAUCAGGCGCAAGGAGUCUGCAGGGCGUUUUGGGCGUGUUAAAAGACGUCGUGAGGCGGCUCAUUAGCUUUUGAUAUGGGUCAAUUUGGCUUCAUGGUUAAGAUAUCAAAGGAAUGGCAAAAUACUGUCUUGUGGGCAACAUCAUAGUCCGAGCAUUGAUCUGAAGGCUAUACCAAUUAACAAACCCAACGGUGAAAAUGGUCCAGGCAACGACGG